AUGCAGGACCACCUCUUGCCCCAGGACCACCAUUCGCCCAGGGGUCUCCCCGCUCCCCUCUCCCGGCUUCCCGGGACUUGUGCCCCACGCUGGGACCACUCGGAAGAGUUUAUUUCUCCUUCUUCGACGAUCUCCCCUCCCCGGAGGCUCCUGGUGGGCUCGUCAAGAGGCGGAUGCCAGCACAGCCCUCGGGUCGAUACCUGCUCCGGCCACCCCGUCCCUCCGAUCGGCCCCGGGGAGGCUUCGCGCCCGAGGCGCCACCGGGAAUCUCUUUUCCUGCCGACAGAGAGGGAAGAUGCGCUGUCAGAUCCCCGAACGAGAAGCGAAAACAAAGGUGUUCGGCCCGGGGCAGCAGCGCCACCGUGUCCUGGUACCCCGGGCAGCUCCCUACGGUGCCCCCGGCCUGGAGGCGGCGCUGCCCGGGACGACGGAAUCGGGCAGGGGACCCCGGCCCCCGAACCACCCCCGCCCCGCAGCCAUCACUCCCCGUAUCACCGAGGGGACCCUCCCGCCGCAGUGUCUGGCUCAGCCCCGGCCCGGCCCCGCGGGUCGCGGGGGGUCCCGCACCGGCCCCGCCGUGACAGUCCCGGGACGCGCCCCCGGGGCUCGCGGCGCCUCCGCGGGAAACUCCAAAAGUUGCAACGGGACCGGAGGGGUGGGCGGGACCAGGGGGACUUAGGGGACCGUGCCCGAGGCUGUGGGAGCAACGAUCUCCCCAACACGCCCCAAAGCCGAGUGCCGGCAACAAGUGGCGGCGGGGCCCACCACCCCCUGCUCCCUGCCCGAGCCCCCAGGGCGAAGCCGCGAGUCUCCGGUUACCGGGCACCGGGACCGCCAGACCGGCCGGGGCGCUCCCGCCGCCGCGCUCCGGUGCGCCCGGUGCCGCCUUCCCCUCCCGCCUCAUUGUCCCCCGCCACAGCCGCGGACAACAAAGCCGCCCACGAGGAUGUGCCACGGCUCCGGCUCGGACCCUCCGGUCCCCCCGAUCCAGCGCUCACCUGCGCCGCGGCGGGACGCGCCGUCCAGCGGGGCCGUGCCGCCGCUCGCCGCUGCCCGCGCCCCGGCCGGCCCCCGACAGCCCCGCGCUCCGGUUACAUGGCGCUUUAA